AUGAUUUCUGGAUUUGUGAGGACGAAGAGAGCAACUGACCUGUUGGACGAUGAGGCGAGGGCGAGGAUUGUCGGUUUAGAUCGGUGUGGAUCGGACGUCUUCAGCAGCGGGAGCGAACACAGCGGACAGGCGGACGAUGACUUUGAUGCAUCCUCUAGCCUUUCGGAUCCUUUCUUCGGAUUCGGAGUGGAGGAGGCAGGAGAUGAGACACCGGAGAUAGGCGAGUCGGAUUGCGAGCGCGAUCCGUCGAUUUGCGAGUUGAAUUGUGUGAAUGUUGAUUUGAUUGAACGGAUUCUGUUGGAUGAAGGAGAUGUGUUUAAAAAACAGGUUAGGGAUUGCGUUUUGAGAGCUGUGCAGGUGUUUUCGUGCUUGAAAUCGAAUGAACAGAUUAUGAGAAGAAAUGUAAUGGCGUACCUUAGGAAUUGCGGUUGGAAUGCAGCGAUUUGUAAGACGAAGUGGCAGAGCUGCGGCGGACUCGCCGCCGGCGAGCACGAAUUCAUUGAUGUUGUUCGGACGGAAUAUUCCGCAAGGUAUUUCAUCGAUUUAGAUUUCGCGGCGGAGUUUGAGAUCGCGAGGCCGACGAAUUCGUACGAGUGUCUGCUGCAGCACUUACCGAGAAUCUUCGUCGGAGCGAGCGACGAUUUGAAGCAGAUUUUGAAAUUAGCUAGCGACUCGGCGAGGCGGUCGUUGAAGAGCAGCGGCCUCCACCUGCCGCCGUGGCGGAAGCACCGCUUCAUGCAGAACAAGUGGUUCGGACCGUACCGCCGCACGACGAACCUAUUUCCGGCUUCAUUUUCAUCUCCUUCGCCUGAGAAGACGAGCUACAGCUUUAAAUGUCGCGUCGUCGGUUUCCCUCCGGCCGUCGACGGCGACCGUUUAUUCUUUCCCGCCGCUGCCUGAAUAAGAUGAUUGUGAUAUUAUAUUAUAAUAAAUUAACAAAAUAAAAAUAAAAUAAAUACAAUUACCUUUACUUUUUUUUUAAAAAAUACGGAGUACUAAUUUUGCUUUACUAUCA